AUGUCAAAUUCUAACACUUCAACUGACUUCACCAACCCCUCCACCUUCAUCCUGCUGGGCAUUCCUGGCCUGGAGGCGGCCCAUGUCUGGAUCUCCAUCCCGUUCUGUGCCAUGUACGCCAUAGCUAUCUUGGGGAACUUCACCAUCCUAUUCGUCGUGAAGAGGGAGCGGAGCCUCCGUGCCCCCAUGUACUAUUUCAUCUGCAUGCUGGCUGUCACCGACCUGGUGCUGUCUACAUCCAUGCUGCCCAAAAUGCUGAGCAUCUUCUGGUUCAAUUCAAGGGAGAUUGAUUUCAGUGCCUGCCUCACCCAGAUGUACUUCAUUCACUCGUUCUCAGUGAUGGAGUCUGGGAUCCUCGUGGCCAUGGGUUUUGACCGCUAUGUGGCCAUCUGUGACCCCCUCAGACAUUCCACCCUCCUGGCAAACCCCAUGGUGGCCAAGAUCGGCCUGGCUGUGGUGCUGCGUGGUGGCAUGCUCAUACUGCCCUAUCUAAUCCUGAUGAGGCAGUGGCAAUAUUGCGAAACCAACAUCAUCCCCAAUACGUACUGUGCACAUAUAGCUGUGGUGAAGCUGGCCUGCGCUGAUACCCGCAUAAGUAGUUACUACGGCCUCUUUGUGCUAUUCUUUGUGAAGGGUCUGGAUAUGGUUUUUGUUGCAUUGUCCUAUACCCAGAUCCUCAGGGCCAUCUUCC